CGCCCGCCGCGGCUGCCGGCGCCGCCGCGCCGCGCGUCACGCAGCCGCCAUGGACGGCACCCUCGCCGGCGCCCGCCGACGCCAAGCCCGUGCUGCACGUGUACAACUCGCUCACGCGCUCAAAGGUGCCCUUUGUGCCGAUGCGCGGGCGCAGCGUGACGUGGUACAACUGCGGCCCGACGGUGUAUGAUGCCAGCCACAUGGGCCACGCCCGCAACUACGUGACACAGGACAUCAUCCGCCGCCUGCUGCGCGACUACUUCUCCUACGACGUGACGCUGAUCCAGAACGUGACGGACAUCGACGACAAGAUCAUCAUCGGCGCGCGUCACGCUUAUCUCGUGCAGCAGUUCCGCGGGCAGCACGCCGUGCCGAGCCGCGAGCUGCUCGACACGGUCCGCGAGGCAUGGGGUGUAUACUUCGGCCGCACUCUCUCGCGUUUCGCGCCGCCGCCUGCGGCACAGGAGCAGGCACCUUCGGACGAGGCGCGCUGGGAAGAAGUCGUGCGGCUGUGGCAGACGGACGCUGCGUGGAAGGCAAAGGUGGUCGAGGCGGAGCCGAAGGCGGCCAUGUGGUUCAACGCCCUUAACUCCUCGCGUCAGGCGCAGGUUGCUGCUGCCAUGGCCGUUGCAGGCGGCUCGAAAGAUGCGGCACUGGCGGCCCAGCUGGUCGACGCAUCUGCCGAUGUGCUUGCGCCGCAUCUCGAUGCCUCGCUCGGCCACACCGUGACGGACCCGUCAGUGUUCCGCAAGCUGGCUGCGUACUGGGAGGCGCGCUUCUACGACGACAUGGCCCGCCUGCACGUCGAGCGGCCGACGCUCUCGACACGCGUCACCGAGUACGUGCCCGAGAUUGUCACCUUCACGCAGAAGAUCGUGGAGAACGGCUACGCGUACGAGGACCCGAGCCCGGGCAACGGCAAGAUGAACGUCUGGUUCGACACGCGUGCCUUCGACGGCGGCAAGAAGAGCGGCGAGGCUGAAGCGCACAGCUAUGCCAAGCUCGCGCCCUGGAGCAAGGGCGACACGUCGCUGCUGGAGGAAGGCGAGGGCUCUCUUUCGACCGGAGCCUCCACUGUGGCAGGCAAGCGCGGCCCGUCCGACUUUGCGCUGUGGAAGACGUCGAAGCCCGGCGAGCCGGCAUGGGAUUCGCCGUGGGGUCCCGGCCGGCCAGGCUGGCACAUUGAGUGCAGUGUCAUGGCGAGCGAGAUUCUCGGCAAGCAGAUCGACAUUCACUCGGGCGGCGUGGACCUCAUGUUCCCGCACCACGACAACGAGCUGGCGCAGAGCGAGGCGUUCCACCAGUGUGGGCAGUGGAUCAACUACUUCCUGCACACGGGCCACCUGCACAUCGAGGGCCUCAAGAUGUCCAAGUCGCUCAAGAACUUCAUCUCCAUCGACGAGGCACUGCAGCGCUUCUCGCCGCGCCGCCUGCGCCUGGCCUUCCUGCUGCAGAGCUGGAGUGCCAAGAUGGACUUCCGCGAGAGCGCGAUGGCCGAGGUCAAGGGUGUGGAGAGCACGCUCAACAACUUCUUUGCCUCGGUGCGCAGCCACGUGCGCGAGGACCGGGCACGCGGCGAGGCAUGGUCGGACGGCAACCACCAUUACGGCACGGCCGAGGCGCAGCUCUUCACGGCGCUGCAGGAUGCACAGCUGGCCUUCCGGCGCGCCAUGUGCGACUCGUUCGACACGCCGCGCGGCAUGAGCGUGCUGCUCGAUCUCGUGUCGAAGGCCAACGUUUACGAGCGCGCAGCGUCCAAGGGCGUGCUCAACAUUGCCGUGCUCGUUGCCGUCGCGCGCUGGGUCGGCGACAUGCUGCGCGUCUUUGGCCUGGGCGAGGGCCCAGUGCGGGAAGGCGACCUCGGCUGGGGCGAGGAGGCGGUCGCGGGCGACGCGAGCGGCGGCGGCGAUCGGGAAGAGGUCGUGAUGCCGUACCUCAAGGCGCUGUCCAACUUCCGCGACGCCGUGCGCGCGCUGGCGCGCGAGGGCGCGCCGCACACCGAGCUGCUGAAGCUGGCCGACCGUCUGCGCGACAUCGACAUGGUCGACCUCGGCGUCGCGAUGGAGGACAACGAGUCUGGGCAGGCGAUGCUCAAGCUCGUGCCGGCGGCGCAGCUGCAGGCCGCGCGCGCCGAGAAGGAGGCGCAGCAGGCCGAGAAGGCGGCGCGCAAGGCCGAGGCGGCCGAGAAGGCUCGCGCCGCACGCAUCGAGAAGCUGCAGAAGGGCAGCGUGCCGCCGAGCGAGCUCUUCCGCACCGACGAGUACGGCAGCUGGGACGAGCGCGGCCUCCCGCUCACCAUGAGGGACGGCGAGGAGGUGGCCAAGAAGCGCCGCAAGAACUGCGAGAAGGAGCUGGAGCGGCAGGUCAAGCUGCACCAGGAGUGGCAGGCGGCCCGCGAUGCCGGCGAGAUCUAGACGCUUGCCCGGGCGCGCAAUGCAACUGUCACUGAAAUGAGCGAGAGGCGUGAGCGGCGAC